GACAAUAUGGCGUCGACCUAUGGACCAUAGGAAGUAGUAGCAGGCCUAACCUAAUGUGAAGCAUCAGAAAACUUGGAAUAUGGCUUUGGACAAGAACUCUCCUGCUUCAUCAGAGCGCGAAAUCUGAAGUUCCUCAAAACCUCUCGCCAAAAUAUUGGGCCAGAUGUGUUCCCCCAUGGAGGACGUAACUAGAGAGAAGAUACACAACCUGCUGGGACAUUUCAGCAAGAACCUCUAUCGAGCAAAAGAUUCCAGCCAAAUCGCCCAAGAAGCACUGCAGCUGUCAUUAAGCCUCAUGAAUCGUGAUUAUUCUUGCAUGGUAGUGGGAAAUGCAAGUGGAGAAUUAUCUGCUCACUAUCCAAGUCAGCUCAUUGUGAUCGAAUAUGAGAAGGCUAAUUCCCAAAAGUCCAUGUGGGGAGAGUCCAUCAGUUCUGAGACAAUUUAUGAAAGCAUACUGGACCCAACCCGAGUGAAAGACCUAAUUUCCAAAGCAAGAUUUGCACGUUGUCGAGCUAGAUUCCCUGUUCCUGUGAUAUUCUUCCAAGGAAGGCACAUCUGCAGAUCAGCAACCCUCUCAGGUGGUCCAGAAAUCUAUGGAAGAUCAGGACUCAACUUCUUCUUUGGGAAAGGUUCUGAAGAGGCUACUGAUCUUGAGACCUGUGAUGAAAUUCCUGUUCCACAGACACAGACAGAGUGGCAGUUAUUUGACAAAGUGCGCAGCCAUGACAUCAGACUGCUGAAAACUCUCUCUGUAGGAACAAUUGUUGACUUGAUGCUUGAGAAGAAAAAAGUGAAGUUUGGGCUAUAUGUGACAUCAUCAGAAAAAGUUGAUCGAGAAAAUCGAUACAAUGAUUUUGUCAUCAUCUCCCUCCCUUAUCCUGGUUGUGAGUUCUUCAGUGAAUUUCGGGACAAUGGUUACAAUGCAGAGUCGCUGAAGUUUGACUGGAAUCAGAAUACAGUGGAUGUUCAGCUUUCCCUGCCUCAAGAUUCAGUUGCUGCAUCACUGGACAUCAAGUGGUCUCAGUACAAGACAUGGGAUCUUGUUCAGUUGACUCAAAGCUACCUCCGUCUGAUAUUGCGACAAUUGCAAGAGGGACAGACAGGGAUUUUGUUGCAUUGUAUUAGUGGUUGGGACCGUACACCUCUUUUCAUCUCACUGAUUCGUCUUUCACUCUGGGCAGAUGGCCAUAUCCAUAAGAGUCUGUCUCCUCUGGAAAUACUCUAUCUCACUCUUGCUUAUGAUUGGUUUCUCUUCGGGCAUGACAUGGCAGAUAGAUUGAGCCGUGGGGAAGAGGUUCUCUUUUUUACAUUCUAUUUCCUCAAGUUUAUCACAGGAGAAGACUUUGUAGUCACCACCAGGCAAAGGACCCCUCGCUUGGGAUAUCUCCGCAAUGAUUCAGAUGUCCUCCUAGAUGGAGGUGUUUUAUUGGAUGGAGACUUGAAGGGUUCCAACACAUCAUUGAAUUCAUCCUCAAGCUCUCUGAGCACCAGGAGUCAAGAAAAUCCUCCUCUCUUCUUCAGUGCUUCUGAAGAAGAUCCUCCAUGUGGAUCUUGGCAGAUUAUCUCAGGAACUGGGAGCAUCCGAGGUUCCACAUCAGACUCCAGUUCUGUUCACUCUCGCAACUCAGCAUGUGGAGUAUGUAGUGAAGGGCAAGAAUCUAUUGAGUCCUGUUCUACAUUGGUUGGAGAUAAUUCAAAUUCUGCAUCAAUAUCAGAACAUCUCUUCAAGAGACAAGAGUGUCUAAAUGCAGUAAGGAGUACUUUCUAUCAACUAUAUUGCUCUUCAGUUGGUUUCACAUUCCGCAAUGGUCCUCCAGAACCAGCUGGAUUUGGAACAUUGUUAGAGAAUUUUGCUGAACGUGUGGGAUUCCGUGCAGCACCAAGGACAUGCCCUCCAUGAUGGGAAAAAGGAGAGAGAGAACAGUUUCUUCUUCACCCUAGUCAAUGCUCAGCUGGGUUCAUGCAAUGAAUAAACUCUUGUGUCCACUGGGUUCUUCUGGUCUUUCCAAUCCUCAUCCAUCCUUGUGAAGUGGAAGGAAGCAUUUAGUUACCAUCCCCACUUUUUUGUCCCUUACCAACUUGUCACUCAUACCCCCUCUGGCACGUUUAUGUGUCUUGUUGGUGCUUCCAAGAAGAAAGAAAAGUUGUAGUUGAAUUUCAUACAACCCAGUCAUACAUGUUAUAUGAUGAACCCAUUGAUGAUGUCAUCAUAUCAUUAUAUCCCCCUCCUGAGCUUAUUCUGCUGCAUGGGUGUGUUCACAUGUUUUCAAGUUUUUGUUUUUAAGUAAUAUUGUGAUUACAUUGUAUUCAUGGUUCAUUGCAAGAUCCCACUAAGCAUUUAAUCUUUUUUAUGUAUUUACCACAAUGCAUACUUUGCAUAGAUGCAACCUCAGUGGGAACUAGUUUCUUGAUGCCUGAGAAUAAUGCCCAAACUGACUUAUUUUGGUUUACCAGGGUUAUGAUACCUCUGAUUAAGUCUUUUUUUUUUUUGGUAAAGAGAUAUUCUAGAUUUAAAUUUUACUCAUAAGAACUGUUCAUAUCCAUGUGGAUUUUCGGAUUAAGUUGGGGGAUUAUUUUGUUACUUUUAUAAAGUACCUUCAUUUCAUGUAGACCCAUUGACAUGGGUUGGUAUCCCUCAAAAGUUGGAUGUUUUUCCUUUUUAGGGGUGCAUGGAACUAGGCUGUUUAAAACCUGGUGCAUGCUCCCCUUUGAUUUUCUUCAUAGGCUCUUCUGAUUGGUAAAGCCGCUGAUUUUUUUUCUCUUCUGGUCACUACUCUACUCAGCCAAUAUUUUCUAAUAACAAUCUUCCAUUGUUUCCAGAGAACAGGUAUUAACCCUUUGUGAUCCACUGUUGGAUAUGGUCUGACAAUCUACAUAACGUUACAAAUAAAGGGAUCACAAAGGGUUAAACCUUUUUGAGGGUAAAUGUAUGCUUUGGUGUUGUGCUUACAACACGAGGGUCACAUAAGGAGCUAGGCUGAAAAGUGCCUUGGUAUAAUAAGUUGCAUGAAAAAUGCCAACUCUAUUGAAAUAAAAGUUGAGAGGGGAAUAUGACUCAAGAAAUCAAGGUCAUGAACCUUAACAAAAUAUGGUGCUCAUUUUAGCUCAGAAAGCUCAUAUGCCCACUCCUUUCACCCACAAUUGUCCAUCUUUGACUUACUAUAUUGUGGCCAUUCAGUAUAAAAGAGGUAUCCUCCAUAAUCCAGCAUCCCAAACAUGUACUGAAAAAUUAUACCAAGCAGUAUAUAUUCAAGU